AUGAACUCCAAGCACUCAGCAAUGGCCUGGUCGGCAUGGAAGGAAACCGAGCUCUCCCUCCCCCGCAGUGCCGCCGGCCGUGCCGCUGAUCUCGGCGCGGGUCGCCUCCUGAUCCCAGGGCAGCACCUGAGCUCCUCCAUGCACCGGACGACGAGGCCGGCAAGCCGGAACAGCCGCACCCGCAGCCGGAGCAGCGACCCCAGCCGGACGUGCCGCACCCGGCGCCCUCGCCGGCCCUGCCUCGCCUCAUGGACCAUCGCCAUCGGGUGGCUGCCCCUGUAUCUUCACUACCACUGGCCUGAACGGAGCUUGUGUUGUGUGUGUAAUGUAAAGUCCACCAUGUGUGCGCGGCCUCUUAUAUAG